GAUUUUCGGAGAGGGGGGCGGGGAAAGGAUGUGCUGCGCGCAGGCGCCCUGUCCCCGCAGCUUCUGGUUGUCUCCGAGCUCUCUGAGUAGGUCGGCACCGCAUAGGAGUGAGGAUGGUGUGGCCCUGGAAAGGGAGUAAGGAAGCAGGUACACUGGCAUCCCUCAUCCACUGAGGCCUGGGGCUGUGGGCCAUGGCAGGUCGGCCUCUGGCCUGGCUCUUCAGCCUGCCCACUGCUGUAGUCUAUGGUUCAUUGUCACUCUUUGUCUCCAUUCUACACAAUGUGUUUCUGCUGUACUACGUGGACACAUUUGUUUCCGUGUACAAGAUUGACAAACUGGCCUUCUGGGUCGGAGAGACAGUGUUUCUCCUCUGGAACAGCCUCAAUGACCCACUCUUUGGCUGGCUCAGUGACCGUGUCUUCCUCAGCUCCUCACCCAGGGCAGGAGCUUCGAUCCCAACCCAGGAUGUGGUUCUGAGCAGGCUCCGGGCUCUCAGCCGGCAUGGCCCAUUGCUGGCUCUCGCCUUCCUGGCAUUCUGGGUGCAGUGGGCACCUACGGGGAUGCAGUUCUUGCUCUGUUUGUGUCUCUAUGAUGGCUUCCUGACCCUGGUGGACCUCAAUCACCACGCUUUGCUGGCUGACCUGGCCCUGUCUGCUCAUGGCCGAACACACCUCAAUUUCUACUGUUCUCUCUUUAGCGCAGCAGGCUCUCUCUCAGUCUUUGCCUCUUACACUGUGUGGAACAAGGAAGAUUUUUCUUCCUUUCGUGCCUUCUGCGUGGUUCUGGCCGUCUUCUCUGGGCUUGGCUUUACUGGAGCCACAUGGCUCCUAAGGCAGCGGUUUGAGACAGAGGGGAAGACACUGGAGGCCCUGCAUUCAGCCUCAGAAGGCCCAGAUGGGGAAAAACCAUGCGUAAACGAGGAGGAAAAGAGGGUCACUCUGGGCGAGUAUCUCCAGCAGCUAGCACGCCAUCGAAACUUCCUCUGGUUCGUAGGCAUGAACUUGGUGCAGGUCUUCCACUGCCACUUCAACAGCAACUUCUUCCCUCUCUUCCUGGAGCACUUGCUGUCAGACCAGAUCUCUCUCUCCACAGGCUCCUUCCUUCUGGGGGUGUCCUACAUCGCUCCUCAUCUCAACAACCUCUACUUCCUGACGCUGUGCCAAAGGUGGGGCGUUUACGCAGUGGUUCGAGGGCUCUUCCUUCUCAAGCUGGGCCUCAGCCUCCUCAUGCUGCUGGCCGGGCCGGACCACCUCCACCUGCUGUGCAUCUUCAUUGCUAGCAACCGUGUGUUCACGGAGGGCACCUGCAAGCUGCUGACCCUGGUGGUCACAGACCUGGUGGAUGAAGACUUGGUGCUGAAUCGUCGGAAGCAGGCCGCUUCAGCCCUUCUCUUUGGGAUGGUGGCCCUGGUGACCAAGCCUGGCCAGACCUUUGCCCCACUGCUGGGCACUUGGCUGCUUUGCUUCUAUACUGGCCAUGACCUUUUCCAACAGCCCUUGCUGACUCCGGUGGGCAGUGCAAGGCCUUGGUUGGACCCCCCUGCCCCACCACGGGCAUCCACUUUACGUCAGGGAUGCUUCUACUUGCUAGUGCUGGUGCCCAUCAUGUGUGCGCUGCUGCAGCUGAUCACUUGGUCCCAGUUCACCUUGCAUGGGAGGCGCCUGCACAUGGUCAAAGCCCAGCGCCAGAGUCUGUCCAAGCCCUGGGCUUUGGACAUUAAGACUGUAUGAGGGACCUCCGGGGAAGGCAGACUAGGGUGCUGUUUGCCCAGCUACUUUCUUAACCUCACCAGGAGCUGGGAGCCUCCUCACCCAGGCUCUUCUCUGGCUUUGUUUCUCAGGUAUAGCAGUAAGUAACAUGGCUGGGGAAUGGACCUCCAGGGUUUUCCCUUGGACCUGGCCAGAUGCAGAGGUCAUGGUUUGCCAGGCUUCCUCUCAUCUCUCAACAGUUGACUCAGGGCAAAGGCUAUGAAGUGGGUUCUCAGGAUGUGGUUCUGGGCUGUUUUAAGCAGAUGAAAAGAACCAGGAAUCGGGUAGGGCUAAGUCGGGGAAGGGCACACCGCUCACCCCCAAGUCUGUGCCCUCUGAUUUGUGCCUAACACAGGUAUUAAUGAAGCACUUCAUUUCCCUCUGCACAAAGAGGGCAGCAGAGAGGGCUGCCUUUUCAGAAGCUUGGGAUGGCCCCGACUACCUGGACAGAAGCUUAUGGAGAGGAACUGUUCUCCAUAAGGGUGGUCAUUGGGCCUACACGAUUCCCAGAGGUUGGCCUAUGCCUGAAGGUCAAGGUGGGGGCACUCUGUGGGUGCCACUUACCCAAACUCUUUUUGUCAUUUCAAAUUCUUUGUACUUCACUUGCCCCAGAAAUGGAUUCAUUUCCCAGGGACUCAUUAAAGCCAGUAAAUCACUUUUGCUCCUUAGACAUUUUCUGUCAGGAGUGGGGGUUUAUUGUGAUUGGCUUCUGCAUGAAGAGUCGGUCCAAGUGGCUCAAAGCUGAGGGUGUCACAGCAAGUAUAGAAGACUGAACACCAGCCAGAGCAGAGGAAGGACUCAGGAGCUAGGUGUAUGAGAAGCCUGAGCCCAGGGUAGGGCAGUGCAGAGUCCUGGGUUUGACAGAGAUUAGAAAUCUUGCUCUUCCCUCCUGUCCAGGCCUCUUAGUAGCAGACAAAUGAAUGAUAGGUCCGAGGUAGCACCAGUCACUUGUAACUGGAAGGGAGUUGGCCGGCUGACCUCUAGUCCAACAAGCAAUGGUUCCUUGUGUGUUGUUGACUAUAGAGAACACCAGGCAUCAAGUAUCUAUGGAACAACUUUAUUUAAGUACACUGGGCACCACCAGGCAACGUGGUUUGGAGACAGGCUGUGCAGGGCAAAGGAUGGGGCUGAGAAGGAAGGUGGAAGGAAGCACACUGCAGUUUGGUUGCCACAUUGCUUUCACACACACCUGGCCACCCCCCUCUGGCUGGGGCCUUUGGUCACGGUGGAGUGGGGGUGGGGCGGGGAGGACACUGGCAUCUUUGGAAUUUCGAAAUGGGAUAGGCAGGAGCCUGCUACACAUCAGGGAGGGCCACAUGAUUAUUCACAAUGCCCUAAGUAUCAACAAAGGCAAAUAGGCACCCAGGGGCUCCUAGAUUAUAGGCCACUGUUUAGGGAGGAGUGGCUCAAGCCAGAUGCUUCAACAGAAAUUGACCCAGAGCAGGAUGUAAAAACCAUCUCAUUGGACAAGGAGUGGGGCACUGCCUUUCCUUCCUCAGCGCCUGGAUCCCUUGCUUGAAGGCCUAGGCCGAUUUCAGCAGUGUCAACCCUAAGAAUUAGAUCCCUCUUCCAGUGAUUUCUUCCAGUUUGCCUAGGUAGUCAGCAGCAGGUUAGGGGCCCUCUGUCAGACUCCCUCCAUUCCAACUUCCAACUCUGGCUUUCCUUCUUUCUCUCUUAGGCCUGGGGCCCAUGGUGAAGCUAAG